UUUCAUUUGUUGGUCGUUUUGUAGAAUAAAAAUCAAUAUUUAGUGUUUUGUUUACAUUCAAGCCUUGAAUUGUAGAAAUGUCUUAGUUGUCAGUUAAAAAUUGCUGUUUUAUAUGUUUGUAAGUUUUAGUUGUAAAUUCGAAAUUGAAAGAUGAAUAAUGUCAAGGAAAAGAAAUCGAAACGUAACGGGCAAAUGGCCCUCUCAACCUCAGUUAUUGAAACAUGUUCAUGAUGAAGAAAAUUUUUUUGGCAGCGAAAUAGUUUCCAACUUUCCAAGCCCAGAAUACGACAGUUUUGAAAAUUUUAAAGCGAAUGAUUUUAUAAGACAAGUUUAUUUCGAUGGCUCUUCUUCAAGUUCUUUAAGUGGCUACGAGGAUUUUGAAACUGAGGCCACCCAUAAAGUUGAGAAUGAGUUGAUUCAGAUGAACAAGGUACUACAGAAAGAAGUACCAAUACUAGACCAUUAUGAUAAAGAAGAGUACGAACAGUGGAUGCAUAUGUUUCCUGAUGUAAGUUUAUGGGAUAGAAAAAACAACGGUUCAACUGAAUCAGUGCUGCUAAAUGAUAACAAUGAUCGUAUUAAACCUCGAAGAAACAAUUUUGGCUUCGUUUCCAGGAACAAGAAUGACUUAGGGGAAUCACAAAAUUCGCUAUUUUUUUUUAAAGAUGAAAAUGUACAUCGUAAUAAGAGGAAAACAAACCACAAUAUUAAUAAGGCAACGCAACAGUAUGAUACUUCAAAACAGUUAUUUAAUAAAGUUCGUUAUCGUAGCGAUGUAGAAAAAGUGAGAGCCCUUUCAAGAUCAGAAGUUCUCUCCUCGAGAUGGAUGAAAAAUGGCGAUAAUAACCAACAACAUUUGCCGCAGAUUUGUUCUGCUUCUGUUUUGUCAGCGAGAUUUCCUGUUAAAAAAACAGUUGUUGUCGAGAAAAAAGUUGAAAGUGGCCAUUCACUUAUUUUACCUCCUAUUAAAAACAAUCGCGAAAGCCGGGUAUUCCCCAACGAUAUACUUCCCGUUGUGAAUGGAAUUAGAUCGACCAAAAAACGCUAUUCAAGUACUUUAAAUAAUAAUCAAUACAAAUCUGUGAGAUUGAGGGAUGCCAGAAGAAAAAGCGACAACAGUUGGCUAUAAUUAUGUACUAAACAUUAACAUGUAUCUAUUUAUUUAUUGUAAACGGGUAGUUAUUAAAUACUCUAAAAUUAAUAGUGAAAAAUUGGAGUUAGAUAAUGUGUUGAAACAUAACAUAAUAUAUACCUUUUAAUGCAUAUUAUGUAUGUCCUGUAUAUGAUGUAAUAAUUUUAUUUUUAAUAUGAGAAGUAAAGCAGAAA